CGACAAAGUUCCAAAGUUUAUAGACUGCAAGGAAUCCCAGAAUUCCAUACGAGACCAAUGUCUGGUAGACUGCUCUCUAAAAUUGAACUCCUGAAACCUCAUCAGUGUUUAUAGCAAGUAAGGUGAGUCCAAAAUUAUUUCAUCCAGGCUCUUUUCAAUAAUUAUACUUAAAAAACAUUGCUGACAGCAUCCACACAAUCACUUGUAUUUAGAUAUGUCAGCAAUCCAUACUAACAGACGGAUUGAUACAUUCUGAAGUGCAUGUUAAACACCAAAACCACUUCAUGACUUAGCUCAUCGGCUGAGAGCGCCAACGGAUAUUUGAAAUCAUAGUUUAAUUAAGAACUAUUAGGCUUAAAAAUAGCGCCAUAGUCACUGUAAGAAUUCAGGUACAUAAUAUGUAUAGUAAAAACUACUGCUCGGUAGUGUCUCUUGCUGACACUUCGCCUGCAUGGUAAAUAGUGCUCUAACGUAAGAACAAUUAGAAAUACAAACAGCUAACUGACCACAGAAACCCUCAGCUAUUAGUGCCAUACAUCCUCCUUACACAGUUACACAGAUAUGACAUCCUCAACUUAACCUUUUAAUUGCUGCAACUGAGAACUGAAAAAUGCAGAAACACUACAAAAAAACAAGCAAACACAUACAUUUAAAGGGCCAUGGAGUGGAAUUCAUUAGACCUUUACCUGGUUAUUGACUUAUAAUCAUCUGUUUUUUGAGUAGGGAAGCCUUUUGGGGAAACUCAGUGGUUAUUCAUUUUAUUUUCCCUAUGGACCGUUUGCGAUUUCUAUGGUAACUCUGAGUUUCCAAAGUAGUCUAUAAAUGUAUAUUUAAGUGCGUGUUUUUAAUUUGGUGAUUUUUAAUUUACUGAGAUAAGGAGGAUUAUUUUGGGUUACAUUAACUGUAUUAAUCUACCGCUAAACCAGUGGUGAUCAUUGACUGUAUUAAGCUACCGUUAAACCAGCGGUGAUCAUUGAAUGGGUGUUGGGUUACAUUGACUGUAUUAAUCUACCGUUAAACCAGCGGUGAUCAUUGAAUGGGUGUUGGGUUACAUUGACUGUAUUAAGCUACCGUUAAACCAGCGGUGAUCAUUGAAUGGGUGUUGGGUUACAUUGACUGUAUUAAGCUACCGUUAAACCAGCGGUGAUCAUUGAAUGGGUGUUGGGUUACAUUGACUGUAUUAAGCUACCGUUAAACCAGCGGUGAUCAUUGAAUGGGUGUUGGGUUACAUUGACUGUAUUACCGUUAAACCAGCGGUGAUCAUUGAAUGGGUGUUGGGUUACAUUGAUUACCGUUAAACCAGCGGUGAUCAUUGAAUGGUGUUGGGUUACAUUGACUGUAUUAAGCUAUCGUUAAACCAGCGGUGAUCAUUGAAUGGGUGUUGGGUUACAUUGACUGUAUUAAGCUACCGUUAAACCAGCGGUGAUCAUUGUUGGGUUACAUUGACUGUAUUAAGCUACCGUUAAACCAGCGGUGAUCAUUGAAUGGGUGUUGGGUUGUGACAUUAAGCUACCGUUAAACCGAUCUUGAAAUUGACUGCCAGCGGUGAUCAUUGAAUGGGUGUUGGUUACAUUGGCUGUGAAUACCGGUGAUCAUUGAAUGGGUGUUGGGUUACAUUGACUGUAUUAAGCUACCGUUAAAAGCGGUGAUCAUUGAUCAUUGAAUGGUGUUGGGUUACAUUGACUGUAUUAAGCUACCGUUAAACCAGCGGUGAUCAUUGAAUGGGUGUUGGGUUACAUUGACUGUAUUAAGCUACCGUUAAACCAGCGGUGAUCAUUGAAUGGGUGUUGGGUUACAUUGACUGUAUUAAGCUAUCGUUAAACCAGCGGUGAUCAUUGAAUGGGUGUUGGGUUACAUUGACUGUAUUAAGCUAUCGUUAAACCAGCGGUGAUCAUUGAAUGGGUGUUGGGUUACAUUGACUGUAUUAAGCUAUCGUUAAACCAGCGGUGAUCAUUGAAUGGGUGUUGUGUUACAUUGACUGUGUAAGCUAUCGUUAAACCAGUGGUGAUCUUUGAAUGGGUGUUGAUCUCCUAUAGGUUUUUAAUCUAUUUUUUAAAAUAAAUCUAGACAGUCAAUGUUUGUGUGUGGCAGGGAUUAAGAAGCUCUAUAGCAUGUGUCAUUGAAUACAGGGAAAUCUGUUAAUUUCAUUGUCAGCUGUUUUUUUAUCAUUGUGUGAAGCCAGCUCAUAUAUAUAUAUAUAUAUAUAUAUAUAUAUAUAUAUAUCAUUGUAAACAACAGUCAGUAUCUCCUAAAGGGUUAAAGCCAUGUGGAGAGGAAUAGUGAGUCAGUAAUGCAUGGACCCGGCCGAGAUUAAUUUUUAACCACACUGAAUGUGUAUCUGGCACUGCCUUCAAAAAACAUUAUUUGUGUGUGAUGUAAAAUCUGUGAAGUUAUAUAUGUACAGAUUAAAUAUUGACAUACACUGUAGUUUAAAAAAAAAAACAUUAAUAGUUUAAAUAAUCUGAGAACGAAUAUAAUUUCAACUAAUCACUAGAAAUAUCUGUUGAAUUGUCAUAUCUAAAAAUGGUCACUAGGGGUCAGUUUAUAACAACUUUUCAAACAGAAUUUUCAUAGUUCAGCCUUGAAAGCUUGUCAAGUAGUCACUGUUAUCAGAUGUAAAGCGCUGUCAGGAUUAUCAGAAAAAUAUAUAUCCUCAAUUACUUAUGUUCUUAUACGUGGGAAACCCCUUUAAUAUUGGCGUGCAUCGAUGAUGGUCUUCUACCCUCAGUCCUUAUGUAUGGGUGUAUCCUGUAAACAUAAAUAACUAUAUAUUGCUCUUUACUUGAUGAAUAGGUGAGUUGUCUGAUAAUCCUGAUAAAAACCUUUCAAGUGUCCCCUUUGAGGAGGGACAUUCUCUAUUGUGGACCCAAAUAUCUCUAUCCCUCUUUUAAAGUGUGUCUAAAUAUAAAAGUGUAACAGAGCAUCCAAAUAUAUAUAUAUAUAAAAUCAUAGUUAUUUCUAUGUUUACCUUUUCAUUUUACAAAACUUCUGGAUUGGGUUGUGCUUUAUAAAUAAUGAUAAUAAUCGUCAUAAUGACAAUACCUUCUUAAAUUUAAAUUGUUAUUAGUGUGUAUAAAAAUGCACCUUUAAUUUUGUUCUAAAUUAUUAUUAUUUCAUUCCUUGGAUGGUUAUCAGUGCAUGAUAACAUCAUAUAAAACAUCCUCGAACAGCUUUAUUCCUGAGCACACCUAGAGCUGCACCCCCUAAAAAUGUGUCCCUGUUUUUCAGUAUAAUGUAACAGAAACAACUGCCCAUGCUCAGUUUGACAAGUUGUUAUAGGCUGCCCUCUAGUGGCUAUUUUUAGGUGUGACAACUUACUAAAUCUAUUAUAAAAUGUUAUUGAGGUUUUUAGAAUAGUUUAUCAAAUAUCAUUAUAUUUGAACAAUUUGAAACCCCUGGGUUUGGUAUUUUGUGAUUACAAGUAAUUGUUCACUAUCACUUGAAUCUUUUUUGACCUUGGACAUCAUCAACAGGCAAUCGUCAUCUCCCAAUAUUAUAAGUUUGUUUUUUUCUUUUUUGUCUCAGUUAUAAAAAAUAGAUAAGUAAAGACUGAAUAAUGUUCUGAUUUAGUGUUUUUAAGCAAGCGUUAAAACCACAGAAUACUACUUUGUGGAAAAGUGUCCACUCCCUCCAUUUUUAUUCCUUUCCCAUAAACGGCACUUUACUACUAUCAGGGGGUGGAUAAGGUGAUCGCACUGUUAUUUUCACCACACACGUCAUUCUGCCUUGGAUAUUAAUCAUAUAAAAGGUCUGUAAAGCAGAGUUUCAAAAGCACAUUCAGUUUCCAGGUUUUGAACAAUUAAUUACAUUUGGAAUUUUUUUUAUUUUUUUUAUUAUUAAUACUUAUGAUAUGAUCCCAAAUCUCACUCCAGGUACGGUUCGGGAUUCCAUGCAGGUUGUCCUCACAGAUGCACAUUUAUAAAUAUCAAAGAUUCAAACAUGUUGCAAGAAAAAAAAUGGAGAGUCGGAAUUGUAGGGUAUGGCCAUAUAGGUAAGAUCUUAUUACUAUCGAGUGUCCCCUCAUGUGUGCUAUUACUGAGUGUACUAAUGUUGAGUGUCCCCUCUUGUCUGCUAUUACCAAGUGAACCCUCAUGUAGCCUGUUACCAAGUGUCCCUCAUAUGUGUUAUUACCGAGUGUCCCCUAAUGUGUGCUAUUACCGAGUGUCCCCUCAUAUGUGUUAUUACCGAGUGUCCCCUAAUGUGUGCUAUUACCGAGUGUCCCCUAAUGUGUGCUAUUACCAAGUGACCCCUCAUGUAGCCUGUUACCAAGUGUCCCUCAUAUGUGUUAUUACCGAGUGUCCCCUCAUGUGUGCUAUUACCGUGUGUCCCCUCAUGUGUGCUAUUACCGUGUGUCCCCUCAUGUGUGAUAUUACUUACAGGUUUAUUCACUAAAGUGAGAAGUGUCAGGAAUUCAAAUUUAAGGUAAAAAACUAGCCAAACUGAAAGCAUAGCUAAAUUGGAGAAUUCUUCCAGUUCAUUUAUAUUGAUGAAUUUGACAUUAACUCUGAAUUCUUUAUAAUGAACUCUUUAUUGAAUAAUGCUGUGUGUCCCCUCAUAUUUUCGAUUUGGCCGCUUUGACCUAAAUUUUGAGAUUUUUUUUACUUUCACUUAGAAUGUCCCACAAUGUACUCUGACUGUCUCAUUAUGAAUGCUUUCAUUUAAUGUCACCUCACUGCUAUCCCUGCACGCUUCCCUAUGUAUGUCACUCUGCAAAUGUCCUACCUGAGGAUUAUCUCUGGGUUUUAAUCCUGAAUGUUAAAUCUUUUCAUUCUCAUUCGUGGUAAUUUUCUUCUCAAAUCCCCUCCUUAUUCCAUCUCCCCUUCUCAUUCUGUAUUUUCCUGGUGACUCUCAGGUGAGUAUUUGGUGAGCCAGAUCCAAGGAGAAGGUGAUCAGUACAAUCUGGAACUAGCAUUUGUUUGGAACAGGAGUACGGAGAAGAUGAAGGGAAAGGUGGCAGAUUAUCUCCAGCUCCAAGAUCUCUCCCAAUUUACUGAACGGUAUUUAGCACAAUGUACAUCAUUUUCAUAAGAUUCACGUUCUAUAUACCUGCCUAAAGUUCUGAAAUAUUGUAUAUUUACUGCACCCCCAGAAUGUCUUGCAAAUCAUGUGCUGUCACCCACAUGUUUGUAAAUUACGUUUGCAACUGCUAUCACUCGAUGCUGAGCAAUGCAGGGCUAGUAGUGAACCUCACAAUUUCAAACAUUUCUAGCAUCAUGCUAGCUCUCCAGGAAAUGAAAUGUGUGUAUGACCAUGCUAGUCUGUGUUCAUGACAUCACAUGGGAUCGGGUCUCAUAUUUAGUCUGCUAUGCUGGAGGUGGAAAGAAAGUGGGUUAUAAUGGACAGGCAUUAUUAUAUCAGCUACUAUGCAUCAUUAUAUUGGGUAUUUAAAUGCUGCAAACUGACACUUAUAAUAGGGUGCAAUAGCUAUAAGCCAUAUAGAGCCAUAUAGAACAAAAAGCAGGAAAGCUACGUAUCCCUUCAUAGAUGGGUAGUAUGGUGGGAGACUGGUGCCCCUGCCUAAAUCGAGGGGAGGUAAUUGACUGGUGCCCUUGCCGUCUUUAGGCAAUAUCGAGGAGAGGUAGGAGACUGGUGCCCUUGCCAUCUUUAGGCAAUAUCGAGGGGAGGUUAUUGACUGGUGCCCCUGCCCUCUCUAGGUAAUAUCAAGGGGAUGCAUCUGCCAUCUUUAGGUAAUAUCGAGGAGAGGUAGGAGACUGGUGCCCUUGCCAUCUUUAGGCAAUAUAGAGUGGAGGUAAUUGACUGGUGCCCCUGCUAUCUUUAGGCAAUAUCGAGGGGAGGUUAUUGAAUGGUGCCCCUGCCCUCUCUAGGUAAUAUUGAGGGUAGGUAAUAUACUUUUACACCUGCCAUCUUUAGGUAAUAUGGAGUGGGAGGUAGGAGACUAGUACCCCUGCCAUCUCUAGGUAAUAUCGAGGGGAAGUAGGAGAAUAGUGCCCCUUCUUCACAUAAUUGGUGUGUCUGAGUGUCUACCGUAAGCUAACAGCAGUAACAGUAACCUAUCGUUAAACUACAUAUAUCUAUAUAUACAUAUAGUCUUGUUCUAAAUUCAUUUUUGGAAAGGCAAGCAAAAUUGUCAUUUGAUUUGUUGUAGACCUACAAUCAGGACUGUCCCUCCUAAAUAAGAACACUUGGGUGGUAUGCUUGUGGAGGUUUGCAACUGUGUAUAAAAUGAUUUUCUUUCAAACUCAUUCCUUUUUCAGCUGUGCAGAUCUGAUAGUAGAAGUGGCUCACCCAUGUAUAGUGAAAGACUACGGAGAAGCAUUUCUUUCUGCAGCAAAUUUCCUGGUGAAUUGUCUUUCUUACAACAUUUGGUGGUGUAACAUGACUGAGGGGAAACAGUGAAUCUGAUCUAUUUUAAUUUUUUUACCAUGAUACCGUAAAAUAUGCCGGGUUAUUAAUCAAGGUGUGAAUUGAAAAACAAAUUCACAUUUUAUCCCACAAAAAAGUCAGAUUGGAAAAUGUCUCAUCAGUUUAGCUAUUGUGGCCCAAGCGUAUAAAUUAAUCUUUGCAAUUCCUCCUGCUUUCGUAAAUAGCUCUGUUUUUGUGAUCAAUUAGAUCUGGAGAUAACAGUUUUUGUCUUUCAUCAUUCUUUUUUUUUUUUACUGUUUUAACUUUUUAGUGAGUACUUCAUUAUAUCUUUACCAAUUAUAUGUAGAUGGAGAGUUUAAUGACAAUAACAUCGCUCGUGUAUUGACAUUUAGUCUACAGUGCGACAGUUCAUACAUGUCUUAUCAAGGAAUUCUAUUUUACAAAGUGCAAUAAUAAUUGCAUUUUUUCGAUUCCUAAAAAGCAACCCAUGACUAUUUAUCUUUUCACGCAGGUUGGAUCUCCUACGUCUCUAGCUGAUCAAACUACAGAAAUAAAGCUUAGAGAAAUUGCCAAGCGUUCUGGACACACGCUAUAUAUUCCAAGCGGUGCCUUUUGGGGUGGAGAAGAUAUUCAGAAAAUGGCUGACAGAGGAACACUUAAAGUAUGAACCCCAAAAAAUAAAUAACAUCAACGUAUUUGCAAAAACUGAAAAAAGAUGAAAACUUUUAUGGGAACUGUGGAGUGAAUGAUAGAUUUGUGGUCUACACUAUUUAUCUCACCCAUACUGACCUUAAACGUGCACUCUGAGUACCCCGAUGUCUUAUGCUCAUUGCAUAGGCAAUAGCGCAUGAACUUACAGUGAUAUACCUUGCUCUUCCAAAAGUAAAAUAGUUUGGGGGAUUAAGUAACGCAGACGGGCAAAUAUCUUCAAUCUAUUUCAUGGCUUUAGCCAUAACAAAGGUAAUUUGUUUUGUGAUUUUCUGGUGAUCUCAGAUCAGACCUGUUGUGUAUUCACAAAAUUGAUACUUUAGUUGUACAAAUGAUGGGAUUGCAAUUUGUAGACCCAAAAAGUCAAAUCUGAAAAAUGUCAACAUUGAGAACCAACACCAGUGGAUGUGAAUAUAUGCGGUAGCUAUGGGAUGACAUGGAGAGAUGGUAGGUAUGGAUUUGAAACUCAGCAUUUGGAACAGAAGGUAUUUACUGGAGUAUUGGAUUAUUUCAGAACAGGAUUAUUAAAGCAUAUUAAUUACUUACAGCGUCCAAUGCUUAGUAGUAGAAGAAAUUACCUUAAAAAAAGCCUCACAUGAAACAUUGGUUAAGUUAAAGUAUUAACUUUACGAUCACAAUUAUCUAUCACAGUGUACUAAGUAGGAUUUCAAACACGCCACACCGUAGAAGUCUACGUGUAGCCAAUAUAACAGUUGUGCAAGUUUUCUGGAUCAACUGAACAAAGGAGACCAACCAGGCUUCCCAAGGGUGAAAGCAGUCUAUUGUAAUAAAGCUUAUAUCGGACAUUCCGAGUGUCCAAAAACUGGGACACCCACUGCUUCUGUCACUGGGCCACAAUGGGACAUCGGAGCCCAGUAGCUACCCAGGUAAGGGGCAAAUUGUUGCUAAACGGUUUGUCCCUUACCAGGGUACGUCUAACAUCACAACCACUACAAGAUGCUUGUAGUAACCCUUUAACCCCUUAGUGACCAAACCAUUUUUUCAAUUUUCUUACCGUUUGGGACCAGGGCUGUUUUUACAUUUUUGCGGUGUUUGUUUUUAGCUAUAAUUUUCCUCUUACUCAUUUACUGUACCCACACAUAUUUAAUCAAUUUUUCUCACCAUUAAAUGGUCUUUCUAAAGAUACAUUUAUUUUUAUCAUACCAUAUACUUUACUAUAAAAAAAUUAUAAAAUAUGAUGGAUUUGUUUCAAAGAAAAAACACACUUUUUCUAACUUUGACCCCCAAAAUCUGUAACGCAUCUACAACAGCCAAUAAACACCCAUGCUAAAUAGUUUCUAAAUUUUGUCCUGAAUUUAGAAAUACCCAAUGUUAACAUGUUCUUAACUUUUUUUUUUUUGCAAGUUGUAGGGACAUGUAUCAAUAGUGACAUUGUAACACUUUAUCUGUCAUGAAUCUCUGAAUCACACCUCACAUGUACAUAUUUUUUUAAAGUAGACAACCCAGGGUAAUGAAACUCCCCAAAGAAAAAACAACAAAUAAAUACCGAGGACUAGCUUACUACUGCACAGUAAGAGUCCAUCUGAAUAUUUAUCUAAAAAACAAACUAAUAGCAGUGAAAAUAUUAAAUAACGAUCGUGUGAUGUAAGGGCCCCCAGCUUUGCCAAAAAGCACAUUGUUCUCAAAACGAGUUCAGGGCAUCAGACCCCAUUCAAGUACUGCUUAUUUUAUAAUUUGCUAUUUAAUUUCCAUAACGGUAAAUGUUAUAAAUUUCAGUGUACGGACUAUAUCUUGUGCGGUGAAAUCAGACAUAAUCUGGUGGAUAUUUUGUUACUGUGAAGGAACCUUGUUUUUCAUGUAUUUUGCCUGUCUUUAUUAUGUAUACUAUCCUGUGUGUUCAUGCAAAAUGCCUGCUCCCCAUUCGGGAGUGCCUCCACAAAGGGAAUCCAUUCGCUUCCCGAACGGGGACCACCCCAUUAACCCAUUUAGAAUGCUCAUUAGAACAUUCUCACCUCGACCUGAUGCCAAAACCGCAAGGGAAGCCUUGACGUGUGCCACCCCCUGUGUGGCUGCCAGUUUGUAUAGAUGAACGUCAACCAAGGGGAGCAUUCGUGAACAGCUUCCCACCCAUCACACCAAUCAAUUAGAAUGUUAACAACUUGCAAAAUAAGUGUGGUACCGCAAGGGAAGUAAUUAAUGAGUGAUUCCCUGGGUGGCCACCAUUCGUAUGGUCAAGCACCAACUAGGAGGAGCAUUCGUAUCCUGGAAGUAGAUGCUUCUCUUGCCUGGUUUCACACAGGGACCCUGCAAAUGGAGGCUGUUCACGACAGGUACCGUUAUGGGGUCCCCUGGGUUGGUCUGGGCAUCCUUUGGGGACAAUGGCUGGGUUGGGCGGGCUUUCUGUAAAGAGGCGGGGUGGUUUUUCCGCUCUGUGACUCCCAGGUGCCGAGACUCAUGGGAAGAAGACCCCAAAUCAUUAUCUAUAAAGUAAUGUUUGAUCAUUCAAUGAUCAUUUCUGAAAUAUAGAUUAUUCCCAAUUUUCUUUAAUGAUACAAAUAUUUUAAAGAUGACAGAUCCUCGUUAAUGCAAAAUAUCAACCAAUAGAACUAUCAAACUUUGCAUGUAGUUUUCAGAAUUAUACAAUGUAUCAUUUGUCAUUUUCUAUUAGAUUUCUUUUUUGUAUACUGCGAUGUGACUGUUUUUGUAUUUUAUAUCAUCAUUAAUAUAUUAUGUAUUUUUUUUCCUGGUAGGGCCUCAAAAUCACCAUGACGAAACAUCCAGAUAGCUUUAAACUCACGGGCCCCCUAGUGGAGAAGAAUAAACAGGCAAUAAAUGAGAGGUCGGUUCUGUAUGAAGGCCCUGUACGAGGUCUGUGUCCCCUGGCACCAAACAAUGUUAACACCAUGGCAGCUGCCUGCAUGGCAGCCCACACGCUUGGCUUUGAUAAGGUGAUUGGAAUCUUAAUCGCUGAUCCCAGGUGAGGAAUAGAACAUUUAAAAAAGAAUUCUAAUGCCCAGAAAAAAAACCUAAACACACCAAAACUCUAAAAUCCUUAAUAUCUAAAUCUCAUAUUGAUGAGACGGGGGGCUCUUCUCUGUUGGCCCAGGACCCCAAGAUUUCUCAGAGUGAUGUGACUUCCAAUUUUUUUUAAUUACAUUAUGACCUCAAUGAGAGAGAUUGUGUAACUAAUAGUUUUAAGAUAAUAUGUUUACAUAUAGACACCAGUUACUUUAUUUUUAGGGGAAUUAAGCAAUUAAGAAUAACAAUUGGUAAUUAAAUAAAUAUUUCAGUUUAAACUGCUUUUGAUUUGUGUAUUGGUAAUUAUAUUAUUUCAGAUAUUAUUUAGUUUGUGUCUAAAUAAUGGAAAUUACUUUGUGUAUUACUGCAAUUUUUAUUUCACCUACACAACCAAAGACCAUAGGACCAUGUGGCAAAGUACAUUCAGAAAAAAAAUGUCUAUUUUUUUUAAUUUUUUUUAAUUUAACCAACUGUGAAUAAUGGUUCCAAGUGGUGUGAUCCUGCCCUCUAGUGGUUGUUCAGGAAAUAUCAGUCUAAUGAAAUUGUAUCUGUUUUUAUCUAGCAUCCCAAACUGGCACUUUGUGGACAUUGAAGUUACAGGACCAACUAGCGAGAAAACAGGACAAACGUUUGUUAUCAAAACCAAGAGAAUGAACCCAGCUGCACCCAGUAGUGUAACUGGAAGUGCAACAUUCCUUUCGUUCUGGAGCAGUGUACUUGGUAGGAUAUUCUGUUUCUAUCAUCAAUAUGUUCCAGAAAUAUAAAGCACAUAAUAGAAUAUAGAUCUGGCCUGGAAACGAAACGGCAUCUAAUGCAGGAAUUAAAGGAAUAAAUUGUACAGCACUGUACCGCUUCUAUUUAACAUCUAUAAAUGGUUUUGAAAUAGGCAUUGAGAGCCAUGUUUCAGUGUUUGCAGAUGACACUCUGUGAGCAGGAUAUUGCUUUGAUGCAGAGGGAUUUGGAUAGUUUGGGGGACUGGGCAUUCCAAUAGCAGAUGAAAUUUAACGUAGAGAAAUGCAAAGUUAUGCACUUUGGGGUCAAGAAUGCACAAGCAACUUACACCCUAAAUGGUAGGGAAUUAGGGAUAACCACACACGAGAAGGAUUUGGGAAUUGUUAUAGACAACAAAUUAGGCAGCAAUAUGCAAUGUUAAUCUGCCGUUGCUAAAGCCAGUAAGGUUUUGUCAUGUAUAAAUAGGGGCAUUAUUUCUCAGGAUGAAAAUAUAACUUUUCAUCUUUAUAAAUCGCUGGUAAGACCACACCUUGAAUAUGUUGUGCAAUUUUGGGCACCUGUUCUAAAGAAGGAUAUCAUGGCACUAGAAAAAAGUGCAGAGAGGAGCUACAAAAUUGAUUAAAGGAAUGGAGCAUUUUAGUUACGAAGAAAGAUAAAAAAAAAAAUUCAAAUCUCUUUAGUUUGGAGAACUGGCGACUAUAUGAUAACAUUAUACAAAUAUAUUCGGGGCCAUUACAAACCAUUGUCUGGAAAUCUAUUCAUAAACAGGACUAUAUAUAGAAUACUAAGAUCAGGAGUAAUCAACCUUCGGCACUCCAGAUGUUUUGGAUUACACCUCUAAUGAUGCUUUGCCAGCGUUAUGGCUGCAAGAGCAUUGUGGGAUAUUUAGUCCACAACAUCUGGAGUGCCGAUGGUUGCCUAUCCCUUCACUAGGUCAUGCAUUUAGACUGGAAGAAAGGAGAUUUAGUAUAAUGCUAAGUAAAGGGCUUUUUACUGUUUAAACAAUAAGGAUGUGGAAUUCUCCAUACAGAUGUUUAAAGAGCAAUUGGCUUAAUACUUGCAACCACUUUAUAUUCCGGGAUAUCAUUUCUAAUUAGUGGGGUAAUAGCUGCUUGAUCCAAUGAGAGAUCUGACUGCAAUUCUGAGGUCAAGAAGGAUUUUUUCCUAGUUUGUUGCAAAAUUGGAAGCGCUUCAGACUGUUUUUAUGUCUUUUGGAUUAACAGCAAAAGCAGAAGCGAGAAAGGCUGAACUUGAUGGACGCAUGUCUCUUUUCAGCUAUUUAACUAUGUAACUGUGUAAUGCCAGCGUCACAUAUCUAGAAUCAGCACUCAAACCCCAUCCAUCCUAAUACAAUGAUAUAUAUAUAGAUUGUCCACAAAGCCACUAAUAGAAAAUACUUAAUGAAGAAUAGGAUGGUUUUCUCAUAAUUGUUUAUUGAAGUUAUUUUUAUAGGCUGAUGUAAAAUUUUAAUGGGGUCGACCUUUAAUCUUGCAUAUAUUUCAACAAUGGAGAAAUUUAGAAAUGAGCAAACAUUUAAAAGUUGAUAUCGUCUUUCUUAAAUUUAAUAAUGAAAAUACAAAACAACAGAAUUACCAUGGUUUAGGUUAUUUUUAUAAUUUAAUUAUUAUGAGGAAUUAAUAAAAUAUAUUAAUCUCGUAACUGAAAAUAUUUUUUUUUCUUUUUUUUACAGUUUGCAAAGGUCAUGGAGGAAGAGUUUAUCUCUGUUAAGUUAAAUUUAUUAAUCUUAAAAUAUGUAAAGUUAAUAUGUAAAAGCUAGCCAUAUAGCAACAAAUACAUUUAUUUUAAGAUUAUUAUUAUUUUAUUUUUUUUGCCUUAGGAACAAAGUUUAGGGAUAAUGUUUUUCAUUCUAAAUACUUAACACAACAUAAAUGUGUGUUCAUUAUUUAUAUAAAAAGGUGAGUGUUCAAUUCUAGCUACACAGUGUUCCUUUAAGGAAACAAUUUUUAAACGGGCACUGUAUAGAUGGAAUUGCCCCAAAGAGAUCUUUUUAAUAAUUUCAUUCAAUCUAGCACAAACUCUUGCAUGCUAUAUUUCUGUAUUAAAUCUAUGAAAGGAAGCACUUAGCAGCCAUGCCUCAUUAAUAUUACAGCCUCUAGCACCUCUUCGUUUCAUUAAAGUUUUCAAAGAAAGAUUUUACAUAUCCGCUGUUUUUGUUUUUUUUUCAUUUUGGUUAUUUUGACCUAAAAUGUAAAACUACAUUGUUAAUUCUCCUCAGUUUCCCACUGGAUAAAUAAAAUCAUGUGUCCUAAUUUCUGCAAAUAUUUGGCAACCCAUUGAUUAAUUGAAAUUAUACAUUUGCAUUUUGAAUAUUUUAUGUUGUGUCUAAACAUGUUUAUCUAUCCAGGUUACCUGGUUUUAGUCAGUCGAUACUAUCCGAACCUAAUGACUGAUUUUAGAAUAUUAACCCACUA